AAUUAGAUUAUUUUAUAUUAAUUCAACCCGAUGACGCCUGGCAAGAAACUUUCUGAUAAUACUCCAAUCUCACAAGAUUUUAGUCAUGUGAAUUUACAUCAACCAAAAUGGCCCCAAGAUACAUAUGUGGGACGAGCAAAGCAUUUUUUCACUGUGACAAAUCCGAUGAAUUUAUUAUUGUCUGGACAAGCCCUCGAUGAGGCAAAAGAAAUUGUUUUGCGGCAUAGCAAAGGAUCCCUACCUCCAGGAUUAACAGAAGAUGAUUUAUGGAAAGCUAAAUAUCGAUAUGAUAGUGCUUUCCAUCCUGAUACAAAAGAAAAAAUGUUUCUAAUUGGUAGAAUGUCAGCUCAAGUUCCAAUGAAUAUGACAAUCACAGGAUGUAUGAUGACUUUUUAUAGAACAACACCAGCUGUUAUAUGCUGGCAAUGGAUCAACCAGUCUUUUAAUGCUGUUGUUAACUAUACAAACAGAAGUGGAGAUGCCCCUAUAUCAAACAAACGUUUGAUGGCUUCAUAUAUGGCAGCAACUACUGGAGCUGUUGGAACUGCACUUUCACUGAAUUCACUUGUUAAAAAACUUCCUUCAUUGAUAGGAAGAUUUGUUCCAUUCUGUGCUGUGGCAGCAGCAAACUGUAUUAAUAUUCCAAUGAUGCGUAGCAACGAAUUAACAGAUGGGAUUCCUGUGACAACAGAGACUGGAGAAAGGAUAGGCAAUUCCAAAGCAGCUGCCAACAAAGCAAUUGUUCAAGUUGUAUUUUCUAGAAUUGGAAUGGCUGUCCCUGGAAUGGUUAUUCCACCUUUAUUCAUGAACAAAUGGUCAAAGGGACCAUUUUUGAAGAAAUAUCCAAUGAUGGCGGCACCUGUUCAAGUUGCGCUUGUUGGUAUUUGCCUUGUAUUUGCAACUCCAUUAUGCUGUGCACUGUUUCCUCAGCAAAGUUCCAUUGCUGUUACAAAUCUGGAAGAAAAUUUGCAAAAGGAGUUGAAAAGAAGGGGUGUUGCCUCGGAAUAUGUAUAUUUUAACAAAGGGCUUUGAAUUACUGUUUGUGUGAAUGAAAAAUACUUUGAAAAGCACUUUUAUGUGGCCACUUUUUCAUAUUAUUUACUUGAGCUGAUAGUUUUUCUUAACAAAUCCUAAUUGGUGUUGCAUUCCUAAUCAUGUUUGCCAAAAAAUGUCCUGCCAAAGUUUUGUUCUGUUUUUAAAUACUUAUUUUAACUAAUGGUGUUUGUAUACACACAGAGAGAAUAUUUGCUGUCCAUUACUUUCAUUCAUCUGGUCAAAAGCAUAAACACACAAUAAAGAAAGUAAAAUUAAUAUUAUUUGGAAAAUUACACUGUAUGCUGUACAGAAUGCAUAUCUGGAAUUUUGCCUCAUUUUUGUGAAUUAAUAGAUCUUAAUGUGAAUUUGUCGAGUGUCUGUAAUUUAUUUAAGUACUGUAUACUAUUAUUUAUUGUCGAAAUCUAAUUGUCAGCUUGAACAAACUGUUUUAUUCAGGUUUUAUGAAAGAAUAAAUUGAAUUCCACUUUG